UGUGUUUAUUUAGAAUGAAAUAUCCAUGUCACAUUAAUAUCAUGUCAAGGACUAUUUACAUGUAACAUAUAAGUUUUAGCAUAGAAACAAUAAGCACUCAUUGUUUGAUUACAAAAGUUAAUAAAAAGUUCAAAACUGCAUUUGGUUGCUAUGGUAACUAUUGAUAAAGCCAUUUUCACUCAUUUUCUACAUGUUUACCAAAAAAUAAUGUUAUUCAUAAAGUUGUGUUUUAAGUAAUUGACUUUUUUAUGAUACCAAGCAAUUGCAUAAAUAAAAUCUGAAGUUGCAAGUCAAAUAUUAAAAAAAACAAUGGAUAUACUAUUAGAACAUUUUGUAACAGAGGGAUUAAACACAAUUUGAACUAAAUGUUGGCUAAAUCUGUUCUUAUUUUGAAUGAAGUAUAAAAGUCAAAAUAUUAAAAUAUAAAACUAUGUAUCUUUACUUGAAUCACAUAAACUGCAAAAGGAAAAUAACAAGUAUACAUCGCUAAUGUCCAUAGUGAUAAAGAAACUUACAACAAACGUCAUAGCAAAAUUCAGUUGCUAUGGUUACUUAUGAAAAUGCUAUUACCAAUCAUUUUUGAAAGUCUGCAUAACAAAGAAUUAUAUCUUAGUUAAAUUAUUUAUAGUUAUAGGGCAUGUAAGUCACGUCAUGUGACCUCCGAGAAUUAACGAGAGUUUGCACUUCCGGGUACAAACAAACUACAACAUGGCGCUGUCAAUUUUGUACUGGUCGAGAUACGUCGACGGUCAUGUGAAGCUUACAAGAAAAAGUGAAGCAGCGGUAGAAAGCGGGAGAGUAUUACGAUUUUCCAUCGAUGAACUAAGAGUGAUACAGGCAAAUGUUCAGGCAUCCAUGAGAGAUACGUCGUAUUCUGUCCAGAUAUUCCUAGAGCAAGAAAACAAUGGUGCAGUGCAGUCUACACGUUGCCAAUGCCCUAUGGCUGAGUAUAAAUGCCAUCAUGUAGCAGCAGUCUUGUUGUUUGGGUACAAGAGAGCUAGCAAAACAGAUAUAAAAUGCAGUUGGCUCAAACAUCCGAAGUCAGCACCUCCAAAGACUACAGUUACAAUGACUGACUUAUAUCCCCCAAGGCAACAAGAGUACAGGGCUCUUAAGAGGACUGUCACAGCAGACGACAGAUCAUUUCUAUAUAACUGCCUAGGGCAGUUAGGGCGUUUCACAGCUUUACACUGGAUUCUGUUGGAGGAACCCAAGCCGCCACAACUUCCAUUACCACUGAUUGAAGAUGUGUUAUUAAGCCCAGGAUACCUUUCAUCACAAGAUCCACGCACAUAUUUUAGGCGAUCACUUGUUCUGUCCCAGGAGAAGAUAACCCAGAUAGCCUUCAUGACAACCGGGCAGAGGGAAAACUCCCUUUGGGCAGCCGCCAGAAAGCUCCGAUUCACUGCCUCCAACUUUGGACAAAUAAUUGCUGCUUCCAAACGCAAUCGAUUAUGUGCAUCCCUGAAGAAACGGCUACUGAGCGCCUACAAUCUUCAGAAGAGGGCGCCUAUCCAGUGGGGAAUAACUCAAGAGAAAAAUGGGUUAGAUGCAUAUUGCAGAACUGGAGGGGUGACAUUGGUACAAACUGGCAUUUGGCUUCAUGAAUCAGGCAUCCUUGGGGCUUCACCUGACGGGUUUGUUCAAGGAGAUUAUUGUGGCCGCAUUCACCUCCAAGAUAAGGAACAGCCAGUAAUGUCACCAGACAUCAUCGAGGUGAAGUGCCCUUUCUCUGCCAAGGACAUGACUAUUACGGAGGCAUGCCAUUCAAACAAAGACUUCUACCUAGACCUAUCACCAGAUGGCAGGAUGUGCUUGAAACGCUCACAUGACUACUGGCACCAAAUUCAGGGACAGCUUCAUAUUACUGGCACUCAGUGUUGUGAUUUGGUUGUUUGGACAACGAAAGACAUGCAAAUUGUUAGAAUAUUAAAAGACAAUUCUUGGGCAAUUAAUAUGUCUUCUAUGAUUGAUUUUUACAUGUUGACAUUUUUACCAUCUCUUAAAUGAAGAUAUACUUUAUUGAGUUUAUUUUCUUCAUGAAAAUGAUGAAUGUACUAAUGUAAUAGCUGACACUGAAAAUGGACCAUUUUCAGAGUUUGACACUGCCAUUAUAAAAGAUUUAGUAGUCUGUAUCACAUUCAAUGUUAACUAUCAAACACUGCUUUUACAAACUUCUGUCAUCUUUGAAAACUAUUUUAAAGUUUGAAAAUUUGUUAAUUGAAUCAAUUAUUUUAAACAAAAGGGAAGUCCUGCGAUCAUUACAGAAACUCUUUUUAUAUAAAAAAAGCUGGAUCACAUGGCGUAUGCACAAUUGACCUCAAUUCUCGUUUUAAAUUUGACCUUAUGCACAGAAAUUUGGUGUGUUAUAUUUGUUUGUCAUAAAUAUAAUACCGUUUUUUUUAAAUUUCAUACAGGUGGUGUUUGAUUAUCAUGCACAGGACACAAACUGAAGUAAAAGAAAGAUCUUUUCA